AUGACCGCCAUCUCUCUACUCCUCGUGCAAGCUCGUGCAUCCACCCUCUCCUACUCCACCACCGCCGCACAACAUAUCACCGACGCAUCCCCUGCCGCAGUUGCCGCGUUAUUCUUUGGAGCCACCCUGGUCACAUAUCUUUGCUUUAAGCGUUUUGAACCUGGCCAUGAAAGCCCGUUCAGCCUCGGGGCGUUGUUGUUUCUGAUCCCAUCACUAUUGACCGCAGUCUUGCGCCUGCGGUUCUUCUCUUACAUGUCGGCUGUGGCACUCGCAUACAGUGUCCACUAUACCCUGAUCAUCGCCUACACUGUCAUCUACCGCCUCUCUCCGUUCCAUCCCCUCGCGCAAUACCCAGGCCCGAUACUCCCACGGAUCAGCAAAUGGUACUCGACGUAUGUCUGCAAGACUGGCCAUCUACAUCUCUGGUAUCAGCAGCUGCACAACCAGUACGGCGACAUUGUUCGCGUUGGUCCGAAUGAGCUGUCCAUUCGUGACGCAACUGCGAUCCCGGCUGUGCUCGACGCUGGAGGUCUCCCGAAAGGUCCCUUUUGGGACAACCGAUCCAACCCUGUUGUUCUCGUCGGAGAGCGUGACGUUGAAGUUCAUGCGCAUCGCCGCCGGACGUGGGCGCGCGGUUUGACCGCUUCCGCUACGAAGGAAUACGUGCCGUUCAUCGAGAAACGUGCCCGUCAGCUCAUGGAACGUCUUGGCGAUGCUAUCGUGGCGAGUGGCGAGAAGAGCGGCGAAGUCAACCUCAGCGCUUGGCUUUCUUAUUUCGCCACUGACUUCAUGGGUGAUAUGGCCUUUGGUGGUGGUUUCGAGCUCAUGAAGGAGGGUGGCGAUACUCAGGGCGUAUGGGACUCGUUUGAGAAUGGCCUACAGGCUGUGACACCCUACGCCCAUGCUUCUUGGUCUAUUCCCUUCAUCCAACGUAUCCCUGGCUUGACCAACCCUUCACAAAUUAUGAAGAUGCGGGCAUUCGGCAAGAACCAGACCCUUCAGCGCUUGAAGUCGGGCGCUCGGCGCAAGGAUCUGUUUUAUCACCUGAGCGAUGAGGAGCAUUCCAUGAAGGUACCCCCCAGCCUACCGACGAUGAUCGCAGAUGGUCUCCUUGCUAUUAUUGCGGGCUCGGACACAACCUCAACCGUCUUGACUUCGGUCGUUUACUUCUUGUUGCGCCAUCCGGAAGCGCGCCAGCGUCUCCAGGCAGAGAUUGCGGAGAACUUCCUUCCCGAUGAAGAGCCCACGGACUCUAUGCGCUUGAGUCGGAUGCCCUGGUUGAAUGCCUGCAUAAACGAGGCAAUGCGCCUACUGCCACCGGUACCAAGUGGAUCCCAGCGAACAGUACCUCGCGGAUCUGGGUCAAGGAUCAUCGGCUCUAGCGUCAUUCCAGAACAAACACAAGUGCAAGUUCAUACCUGGAGCAUACAUCGCGAUCCGCGCAACUUUGCCAGCCCCGAUGCAUUCUUGCCUACGCGAUGGCUUCGUGACCCCGUUUCAAGCGCAGGAUCUCCGGCUCUGAGUCCGCAUAAUCCUGCCGCCUUCUUCCCGUUCUCGCAUGGAGCAGCAAAUUGCGCUGGGAAGCAUCUCGCCAUGCUCGAGUUGCGGGUCGUCAUCACAUGGCUAUUUCAACGAUUCGACGUCGAGUUCGCGGCACAGGGCAUCGAGGGCGACCGGUGGGAAGAGAGUCUGAAGGACAACUACAUCUUCCACAAGGGGAAGAUGUGGGUCAAAAUACGCCCCCGGUGUCAUUGA